AUGGGUUUCUAUGGCGGCUGGAGUGUGAAGCCACAGUUGGGUAUUUCGAACGCGACACUUGGGCUCAGUCUUGUGGAUGAUGAGGUGAAGUGGAUGAUGAGGAUUUGGGCUGAUUACCUCAACCAACCAAUCUCAGCCAAAGACCGCAAGAAACUCAAGGAGAAGGCUGAGCGCAUGGAUUGGCAAAUGGUGAAGACAACCAUUAGCAAAACCACUGGUAAGAAAUCAGUGACUGGUGCUCAGUUUUUGUGUCCUGGUCAUCAAGCAUGUAAGAAGCAUCAAGUCGACCUUGUUGGUGAACGAUUUACUUGUUUUAAAGAUAUAAGGAGUGGAGGGCGAGACAUGAAAUCGUCGCAACAGUAUCCUCGGGCUUUUGGAACGGAAGUUGCGAGAUUGCAUUUGGAGUAUAUGCAGUCUGCUGACCCUUGGUAUUCAAUUUGUUGA